AUGGCCAUCAUGAGCAUUGCAGAAAUAUUUGUUCUAAUUUUCCUUGGCUUAGCUUUGCUCGUGCUUGAGGCGGAAGCUACAUCCCGCCGUCGUGGCCUUGGUGAUGCUGACGACGAAGAAGCUAAAGCUGGUCAAACAGUUUUCAAUGUUAAUUCCUAUGGUGCUAAAGCAGAUGGUAAAACUAAUAAUGAUCAGGCAUUUAUGAAGGCGUGGGUUGCAGCAUGUAAAUCUAGUGGUGGUCCGGCUAAGCUUGUUUUUCCCAAAGGGACAUAUGUGUCAGGGCCAGUCACUUUCGCAGGGCCGUGCAAGAGCUCACCUCCAAUAACUGUUGAAGUUCAAGGAACUAUUAAAGCCACAACAGAUCUUAGUGAUUAUACUUCUCAAGACUGGUUUCUUUUUCAAUCCAUCAAUGGUUUGAUACUUACUGGUGGAGGAACUUUUGAUGGCCAAGGUGAACCUGUGUGGAAGUACAAUGACUGUCAUCAAAACGCCGACUGUCAGCUUCUCCCUACUUCAAUUAGCUUUUCCAAUGUGAAGAAUGGCCAAAUUAAUGGGAUCACUUCCCUAAACAGCAAAUCGUUCCACACGCAUGUAUCAGGCUGCGAAAACAUUAAGGUCCACAAUUUCACUGUAAUUGCUCCGGGAAAUAGCCCGAACACGGAUGGCAUGCAUGUCAGCAGGUCCAAUCUUGUCAAUAUAUCCAGCAGCUCAAUUGGAACUGGUGAUGAUUGCAUUUCCAUUGGACAAGGGACAACCCAGCUCUCCGUCACCAAUGUCCACUGUGGCCCCGGACAUGGAAUUAGUGUUGGCAGCCUUGGCAAGUAUCCCCACGAGCAGGAUGUGAGUGGGAUUUUUGUGUCUCAUUGCACCCUGAAAGACACCACGAACGGUGUGAGGAUCAAAACCUGGCCCGGCUCACCUCCAAGCCGAGCUUCUGGCAUAAUUUUUGAUGAUAUUAUAAUGGAUUCUGUUAAAAAUCCCAUUAUUAUCGAUCAGAAAUAUGGUUCGCAUAAGAGUGCGCCAUCGAAAGUACAGAUUAGCGACAUUCAUUACAAGAACAUUAGGGGCACCACGGUUUCGAACGUGGCCGUGUCUAUCGUAUGCAGUUCACAGGUGCCUUGCAAUGGCAUUGAGAUGGUGGACAUCGAUUUGAAAUACCAGGGAAAUAAUGUGAAAGAUACAUCCAUUUCAUCCUCAUGCGAAAAUGCAAAGAUUAAGUACGAGGGCAAACAGGUUCCACCACCUUCUGCUAAAGAUAGUCAAGUGCUAACAAAUUGGAGGUCACCAUCUAGAACCAGGUUAAACAAGCUAGAAGAAUUACUAAAAAAUCGAUCUAAUCCAUCGCUUAAGGCCACCAUGAGCAUUGCAGAGAGAUUUCUUUUCAUCGGCUUAGCUUUGCUCUUGCUUGAGGCGGAAGCUACAUCCCGUCUUGGCAGCAGCCAUGGUGUGGCUGAUGAUAGUGAUUAUCAGGGUCAAUCUGGCGGUGGCGGUGGCAGUAGCGGUGGCGGUGGCGGUGGCGGUGAUCAAUCAGUUUUCAAUGUUAACUCCUAUGGCGCUCAAGCAGAUGGCGAAACUAAUAAUCAAGAGGCAUUCAUGAAGACAUGGGUUGAUGCAUGUGAAUCUAGCAGUGGUGCGGUCAAGGUUCUUAUUCCGGAUGGGACAUAUGUGUCAGGGCCAGUCACUUUCAAAGGGCCAUGCAAGGGCUCAUCAAUAACUUUUGAAGUUCAAGGAACAAUUAAAGCGACAACAGAUCUUAGUGAUUAUUCUGGUCCUGACUGGUUUCUGUUCGAAUAUAUCAAUAAUUUUGAACUUACUGGUGGUGGAACUUUCGAUGGCCAAGGUGAGGCUUCGUGGAAGUACAAUGACUGUAAAGGCAACAGCAAUUGUCAGCUUCUCGCUAGUUCACUUACAUUCAUGCAUCUGAAGGAUUCGGAAAUUCAUGGGAUCAAUUCCCUAAACAGCAAAUCGUUCCACAUGCAUUUAACAUUAAGCGAAAGCGUUAAGGUCUACGAUCUCAGUAUGGUUGCUCCGGAAGAUAGCCCCAACACGGAUGGCUUGCAUAUCAGCCAGUCCAAUAAUAUUGAUGUAUAUGACAGCAAAUUUGGAACCGGAGAUGAUUGCGUUUCCAUCGGAGAAGGGACAACCCAGCUCACCGUCUCUGGUGUCACCUGUGGCCCUGGACAUGGCAUUAGCGUUGGCAGCCUUGGAAGGUAUAAAAAUGAGUUGGAUGUGAGUGGAAUUACUGUGUCUAAAUGCACGUUGAAAAGCACCAUGUACGGUGUGAGGAUCAAAACCUGGGCCGGAUCAGAUCCAAGCCAAGCUUCUGACAUCACUUUUGAAGAUAUUAGUAUGGAAAAUGUUAACAAUCCCAUUAUUAUAGAUCAGAACUAUGGUUCGGGUUCGGGUGAGCCAUCACAAGUGAAGAUUAGCGACGUUCACUACAAGAACAUCUGGGGCACCUCGGCGACGGCUGUAGCAGUGACUCUCAAAUGCAGUUCAUCGGUGCCUUGCCAGGACAUUGAGCUGGUGGACAUCAAUUUAAAAUACGCGGGCGAUGAGGAUGACAAAUCCAUUUCAUCCUCAUCCUCAAAUGCAAAGCUGACGUGCGAGGGCACACAGAAUCCACAAGUUUGUGAUAAUUAG